UCCAGCGGAACUAUUCAAAAAGAAAGUUCCAGCGAGCAGCAAACGAUCCACCAAAGUAGCCGCUAUGAAACUACUCGGCAUAGUUGUAACCAUUGCGGUAGUAGGCUGUGUCGCCGUUAGCGGUAAAACGUACGGCAAGUGUGAGCUGGCAAAAGAGUUGAUAAAGAACGGUAUCCCGAAGGCCUCCGUUGCGAACUGGGUCUGCUUGGUGCAACACGAAAGUGCUUUCAACACCGCGGCAACGAAUAAGAACCGAAACGGCUCGACCGACUACGGGCUAUUUCAGAUCAACAAUAAGUACUGGUGCGAUUCGGCAUACGGGUCGAACGACUGUAAAGUGCAGUGCCGCAGUUUGACUAACGAUGAUAUCACGGAUGACAUCAAGUGCGCCAAGCUGGUGUUCAAGCGGCACGGCUUUAACGCCUGGUACGGUUGGAAGAACCAUUGCCAGGGGAAGACGCUCCCGUCCGUCGCGAGCUGUUUUUAGCGCCACCAUACCGUAGAUGGGUUGUAGAAACCAUUUCCCACGCAUACAGAAACCAGCGAUAGUACUUAAAAGCA